GCCCGGACAAACCAAGCCAAUAUGCUGCGAAUCUUCUUCGGCCCCCUUGCCAUAUAAAAACAACCACCCCCACCACCAUAUAUCAAAACCAAAAACCAAAAAUCAAACACCAACUAACCAUGGCAACCACUAGAUUGUUACGGUCCUCUAAACCUUUGAAUUUUCCUUCUUCUUCUUCUUCUCCGCCGUCUUCGUCUCAGGCGACGAUGGUUAGGUGUCUGAACAACGGAGAGAAAAGAGUUGUUGGUGGGAGCUGUAGUAGUACUGGUCAUCAUGAUCAUGAUCAUCAGCAUCUUUAUCAUCAUCAGAGGAAUCAAACGGUGGCCGUAAAGGCUUCCCUUUCCACUUCGGAGAAUGUUAUGACAGCGUCCAAACCAAAGGAGGUUCAGAUUGGAGGAAUCUUAGAAUAUUUGGUUUCUGUGAUUCUAAAUGCAAACCAUGCUGUCCUUGUUUUCUUGAGAAACACUUUCAGACAAAAAAGUCUUAAGCAUCGACUCCAGAUGGCCAUUGAAAAGAUGAUUAUUGACUGUCGAUUUUUUACAUUGUUUGCUGUUGGAGGCUCAUUGAUCGGUUCUGUAUUAUGUUUCCUUGAGGGAUGUUUUACAAUUUUAGAGUCAUAUUUCCGGUAUUUCCAUGCAUUAUCAGAAAAAUCGGAUCAAGGACAUGUAGUGGAGCUACUUAUUGAAGCCAUAGAUAUGUUCCUAGUAGGAACAGCCAUGCUAAUGUUCGGGUUUGGCUUGUAUGCCAUGUUUGUUGGAUCAAAUAUCAUCAAAGAAAAAGGUUCAACACUUUCUGGAUCGAACUUGUUCGGUCUCUUCUAUAUGAAGAUGGUUCCUGCAUGGGUUGAAAUGCAAACAGUAUCGCAAGCAAAAUCGAAAAUUGGACAUGCAAUGAUGAUGAUACUGCAAGUGGGAGUGCUACAGAAGUUCAAAAGCAUACCAUUGGUUACUGGUUUGGAUCUUGCAUGUUUUGCUGGAGCUGUGUUUCUUUCAUCAGCUUGUAUCUUUGUUCUUUCCAGAAUCUCUUACAGCAGUACGGACGGAUAUUAGAAGAUGGACAAUCGAAUUUUCUUUCAUUCACUUUUAAACAGGAUCAUGAACAUAUAUACGUACUUAGACCUGUUCAAUUUAUCACAUUAAUUCUUUUUUUUUUUUUUUGAGAUAUGAGUUGUAUAUGUUGCUAUACCUUCGAAAGUUCAAAAUAGAAAAUUUUCUAACAGUUAUAGAUGAUAUAUUCAUGUUAGGAAAUUUUGUUUAA